GUGUUCAGCCGAUCUGCAAGCAGUGUUUGCGUCAGGAGAUCCGCGUAAACCGAAAGUUUUGUAGUACAGUGCGGUUUUGGAUUGUAUUUUAACCCCUGUUAAAUCACUGUCAAACCAUCUUGAACUUAGUCCCGAGGAGUCUUGCCGUUUGGAUUUCUUAUGGCCUUCCAAGAAACUGUCAUAACAACUCUAUUGAUUUUGGCGUUCUCAAGCACAAAUUCAGGAGCAACCCUACCGAAUGUUUAUGUAACUCGUCACGGGAUUGACUCUGAGACUUGUGGUAGCAGAAGUCAGCCAUGCAAGUCCAUUGUUCAAGCGAUUGAAAGGGUUAGUUUUGGUGGAUUCAUCUAUCUAGACGGGCAAGGAACCACAGAACAUCCUUAUGACUGUUCCAGCUGCAAUACAUCAGUGGCUUGUCAUCAUGGUAUUCAUGUUACCAAGAGCCUGACCAUCAAAGGGACAUUCUUUCCACACGUUUUCUGCGUCAAAGGAUUUCAUUUCCAGUGGACGGUUGAUGAGCAACAAACCUUGACGUUUGAGCUUUCAGGAAUCCAUUUUUGGCAGACUCCAUUUACAUGUAAGGAUUGCAGUAGCAUCGUGAUCCAUAACUGUUCUUUCCGCAAUACUGCACGAAAUUUUAUAAUUGAAACACAGAAUAUAUCCUACGUUCAAUUAGUUGUUCAAGGCGACUCAGUAUUUCACAAUAAUUCUCAAUGCUUCGAGCUCUUGUUGUUCGACAGCGGUGGAAAACAAAAUCGUUUCCUUGAAGUUAACAUCACUAACACAAACUUUGAAGAAAAUGGACUUUAUGGACAGAAAGAUAAAAGAGGAGGUAUGAAGAUAAUGUCCGUUGCAAAAAUGGUGCUCAAUCCGGUAUAUAUUUCUAUCUUUUGCAGAAAAACUAAGUUUUUCAGUAAUCGAGGUCCUUUUAUCAGUGUCAACGUUCCAACUGCGGUAACGAACGAGACUUACAGAGAUGUAGAACUUCGUUACAACGGCUUUCAUCCCAAAGACUUUUUUCUAAAUCUAGAGCCAGAGGUUCCUCCGCAUGAGCGCAGCUUGUUCUUUUCACUGUCGUGGGAGACAAGAGCUAAGUUCAUCGGGUUAAAUUGCCUUGAUAACAAGAAUGUGCUUUGCAUUCAAGUUGUGUCUCCCAUUGCUGAUAUAGACAUACAAGAUUCCCAGUUUCGCUACCUGCAGGCAACGAGGUGCAAAGGUUCAAGCCUAUCGCUAGCGGCUUAUAUAAACGCAUCUUUGAGAAUAACGAACUCCUUCUUUUAUAAAAAUACAGCAUACACAGGAGGAUCGCUUUUUGUCAAGGCCCCCAAAGAUUUCCUGAAAAUUGACCUCGCUAACGUUACAUUUUCUCAUUGCAGAGCAAAGAUAGGAUGCGUAAUAUUCAUUGGAACUACUAAAAUUCGUAACCAAUCUGAUGCACACAAUUUAUUCCUUAACUUUAGAAAUGUAACUGUUGAACGGUGGAAAGGGUUGAACCACAAAUGUGUGGCAGUUGAAGUCUUGCUUAAAAAUGGAAACAUUGACAUAGAGCGGUCCACGUUUAAAAGGAAGACAAGAACAACUGUGGGUGGUGCUUUGCGAGUGAUUACCACGUACGGUAAGACUAAUGUGACAAUUUCGAAAUGCAUUUUUGAGGACAUUGCUGUGAUAGCAAGACAAGGAACCUUUCUCCAAAUACUAGCCGGGAGUGGUAAUGCCGGCAUGGCAAUGAUUUCGGACAGCUUGAUAGUCAGCAAUUUAAGAAAAAAGAAAGCCCUAAUGAUAAGUCCCAAAUACCGCAUCAAGUUGGUGAAUGUCACGUUAAACUCUUUUAAAAUCGGAUUGCACAUAGAAUCAUCACCUCCCAAAAACUGCUCAUUUCCGAUUGAUAUCAUCAUUGAAAACUGUUCUUUUCUCGACAAGAUUUAUGAUGCGAUAUUCGUUUUAUUUGAUCCUACAUCAGUCAAGUUACUCAUCAGAAACACUCACUUUAUCAGUAGUAACGAUACCGUACAAAUCUACCAAAGUAAGAAGAACUAUGCAAUUCACCUUAAUAUUCCACCACUCAAAAACAUUAUGUCCUCAAAGGCAGUCGUAGAACUUGAAAAUAACAUUUUCCACUUUAGACCACCCAGUUAUUUCUCUCUUCUGUUUGAGGGGAAGAAAAAUGUGCCAAUAAGGCGCUCGCACUUUCGUAAUUGCAUCAGUGCUCAUGGACGUCAAUGGAUCAAUAAAGAUUCAGGAUACCUUUAUCAGAAAGUAACUGGCGCAAUUUCUGUCUUGUUAAGUCCAGAUAAACCUCAGCGUUUGGGCUGCGUGAAUUCAAAUAGUAGUCAGGAAGUACAUCCUUCAUGGAACUACAGCAGUAGGGUGCUGUUUGAGGAUACAAUCUUUGAAGAAAACUUUGGAGUGGCAGUUGGUGCUGUCUACAUCAGUAAUGGUUUCACGAUAUUCCGAAGAUGUAUCUUUCGUGACAAUUUUGGCGUUCAACAGGCUGGACAUGUCUACAGUACGUAUGGAACUGGUAGAAUAGAUUUUUUGGAUUGCUUAUUUUUCCGAACAAAGCAAGACGUGACCAUAAGCAACGUGACCACAUCAAAGACAGGCACAUUCAUUUAUUCUCAAACCGCAGGUCCACUAAAGCUUGUAAACACAUCUAUGAUCUCACUGAUCGCAAAUAGGAGCACUUACCCAAUUCUUGAUAUCUCUAGUGGAGGAUUUGUUGAUAUGGACGAAAACUGUGAAAUAAAAUGCAGCGAAGGACAAAAUCUUCUUUUCGAAAAUAAUACACAUUUUCUUUACACGGAAAAAAAUAAGCGCUCAUGCGUACUGAACGUCACUGUUAUGAAAUAUUCUUGCCGAUCCUGCCCUCCUGGUUAUUACGGCCUAAAGAAGGGGAUGUCGCGAGGAUUAGCUGUGACACCUUUUGUUCAUUGUCUGCCAUGUCCAUUUGGGGCUAUCUGUAUUGAAAACAAUAUUGCCGCUAAGCCCAAUUUUUGGGGUUAUCAAACGUCUGGACAUCCUCAGUCGCUGGAGUUUUUAGCCUGUCCGGAAGAUUACUGUCCUUCAACUACUACAAAAUAUUACAACAGUUGCCAGGGGAACAGGAACGGCACCCUGUGUGGACAAUGUGCAAAAGGUUUCACUGAAACUCUUUUCUCGACCGAAUGCCGCAAUUCAACAGAAUGCAGCCACUUCACUGUGUGGAUCGUAACAAUGGUGCUAACAAUCGCACUAGCGCUCUACCUUUUGAAGAAGCCUCCGAUACUU